UCUGUGUACCCAGGGAAGAAAUUAAUCAUUGUUUCUCAAAUUAUGGGUUUUUGUUUAUAACACGCGCUUUUUUUUAUUUCCUUUUCAAUUCAAUUCCUUUGAGUAUUGCUCUCCACCAAAUGAGAUGAUGGUCAUCUCUGAUAGCACUUGCCACCUUUUCACCAAGAGGAGACUCCUAUUAUAUAUUUCCUUUUCUUCGCCUUUGCCUUUUUAGCUUUUUGGUUACUUCUCUUCUUUCACCCUAUUCUCUCUCUUACACAUUCAUAUAUACUCAUACAUUCAUCUCUUCAUCCUUAUAAUUUAUACAUGAUGGAGAAACUCAAGGCUGGAACCUAUUAAUGCUGAAUUUUAUGCAGUUCCAGUGAUUGAUACCAUGGAGUCAUGUGUCCCACCUGGGUUUCGCUUCCACCCAACAGAUGAAGAACUUGUGGGUUAUUAUCUCAGGAAAAAAGUUGCUUCUCAGAAGAUUGAUCUUGACGUUAUCAAAGAGAUCGACCUAUAUCGCAUUGAACCAUGGGAUCUCCAAGAGAGAUGCAGGAUUGGGUAUGAGGAGCAGAAUGAGUGGUAUUUCUUCAGUCAUAAAGAUAAAAAAUAUCCAACUGGGACAAGAACCAACAGAGCUACAAUGGCAGGGUUUUGGAAGGCGACAGGAAGAGACAAAUCAGUGUACGAAAGGACCAAACUUAUUGGCAUGAGAAAGACCCUUGUUUUCUACAAAGGAAGAGCCCCUAAUGGACAGAAAACUGAUUGGAUCAUGCACGAGUAUAGGCUUGAAACUGUCGAGAAUGGACCUCCACAGGAAGAAGGAUGGGUUGUGUGCAGAGCAUUCAGGAAAAGAACCAACGGUCAAACGAAGAGUAUUGAAGGGUGGGAUCGAAGGUACACAUACGAGGAUCCUAUCGACCUUAUGUUAAGGAAACCACAGCGGAACAAUAUUUCGGCUGAAAAUUUGUUGUACAAGAAAGAGACAAGGUUGAUGCAUGCAGAAGAAGUGAUGCAGCUUCCUGAGCUACAAAGUCCUUCCGUCACAAUAAUGAAGAAGCAAAGCUCAACAUCAGACAACAUUAACAAUGAGAAGGAGUUAUCGAAAGUGACCGAUUGGAGGGCACUUGACAAGUUUGUGGCUUCUCAGUUGAGUCAAGAAGACAGGCAUGAAAUAGAAGGGAUGUCAAGCUUUGCAGGUCUGACUGGGUCGGACAUCCCAUUCUUGCUACUCCAGAAUACUAAUGAAAGGAACAAGUUCAACCCCUUUCUAACUGCACCUUCAUCAGACUGUGACAUUGGGAUAUGUGUAUUUCAAACUUAAUUUCUUGCAUUGCUAGUACCUAUAUAAAUCUUGUAUGGAUCUUGAGACAUAUCAUUAUAUCUGUAAUUUUCAUUUGUAAGAAGAAUCUCUCUGCGACAUCAGACUCGAGUGCGGUGUCUCAGUGUAAACUAAGAUUCAUGAGCGUAUUGUUUGGAAUCCAAACUAUGAGUCUAAGUUUCAUAUUGGAUAAAAAUGAGAAAAUAAAGUACUCUGUAAAGAUGAAAGAACCACUAACUUAUUGUCUUAAAAUUUUGGAUAAAAAGUUAUGUCAGUCUUUUAUAUGAUUGGACUCAUAUCUUAUUAGUAUGGUUGGACUCGUAUCUUAUUAGUAUGGUUGGACUCGUAUCUUAUUAGUAUGGUUGGACUCAUAUCUUAUUAGUAUUGUGUUUUUUGAUAAAUCUCUUCUUUC